AUGGCAGACCCCGGUGACUCCUCCGAUACUUUAAUCUCUCCUCCUUCCCCCGUCUACCACCCACCAAAAACAAACAUGGAAUCGGACCUGGAACUCUCAACCCUCGAAUCCCCACCACCUGCCAUCCUCAAAAUAUUCCGUGAAGCAAGCGACAUCACAUGGCAAGAAACGCUCGAGUCAACAAAAGACCAAGUCCCUCUCGUCCGGCGACGUGGCAGGUUCCAACUCUUGCACCAGCAACAAUUCAAGAACAGCCUACUUGCGAGCGUAGGGUAUCUUGAGCUAGCGAACGCGGGUGAUUUUGCCGCUAAUGUAUGGAACGAUAUUCCCGUCCCAACUUUUGCAGCUGUAUUGAUGGGGAUUGGGGGUACGUUCGCGCUGUGUAUGGUUAUUGUUGCUAUACAAGAUUUUCGACUCAGUUGGAGGAACGUGAGACUUCUACGAAAGGAACGCGUUCAUAUCCAGCGGUUGCAGCAGUAUCAUUGCAAGAAUCCGGAUUUGACACGGUUGCUGGAUGCGAGGCUGGGCGUUGGGAUGCGUGAGAUUGGCACGGAAGUCGUGGACAGAAUCCUCAUGGACCUGCUUAUGGGUCUUGGAUCGGUUCUUGUUGGCGUUGGUACACUUAUGGCUAUCGGAGGAGCGAAUCGUCGUGUCUAUGAGGCGAGUAACCUUCUUUCAGGGUACAUUGGUAAUGCCAUGGCGGCGAUGUUUGGCCUUGCAAACGCCAUUUGGUCGGUAUACCUGAUCUGUCGGUUCAAGCAGCACGAUAAAGCGGUUGUCGCUCAUGAGCCCAAUGAUGAUAUCCGGCGCCGGCUGCGUCUGCGCUUCAAACGUUUUCAAUGGCACUCGAUUGCGAACAGUAUCAAUGGAUUGGUAGCUGGUGCUGCAUCCAUGGUGACUGCCAAGCGGUGGGAAGGGUACGUGGUUCUUGUCCCGUGUAUCAUCUCACUGAUCAUGUGCAACUAUUUCUGGCGCAAGAAGCUGGGCUAUGAUCGGCCGAUUCUGGAUCAAAUUUCUCUCGCCAAGCUACAGUCGACGCCUCUCCUGGAAGAUCUGGAAUACGCCAUCAGCAUGCAGCGUAAUCUCGCCGAGCCAGACCAGGCCAUCCCACAAUUCACUGUGGAUACCCAAUCAUUGGAGUCAAUGCUAGGGUUUAUCGUGCGAAAUCGCAUGCUGGAAACAUAUGUUGACUCUCUCGCACGUGAUAAAAAAGUUCGUUUCAUUCUCUCUGAAAUCCCCGCCGAGGCGAUAACACCAGACGAAAUCGUCAUCAAUUCCGACCUUCUUCUCUGUCUCUCCUCCAAACCAACACACUCACGCCUCCUCAUUGAUCAUACCGCAAAAUUCCUUCGCGAGGAAGGCGUUAGAACCUUUACUCAUCGCGAGCGACAUUUGUUAGAACUAUUGGGUUAUGCCGUCUGGCGGAAUCAGACCGGAACCGAAACAGAGUCAAAAUAA